AUGGCUGCACAAGGCGAAGUGAUUCACUCUAUCAAUCAUCUCCUCGAGUUGCGUACUCAGCAGCAUCCGGACUUGGAAAUUUUAGCUGUCCCGAACAAGGACUUGUCGUAUUCCAAGUACACCUAUCGCGAUAUCUCCGCAGCGGCCUCCUUGCUCGCUAAUUAUUACAAGGAUAAUGGCAUCCUAGCGCCGAGGGCUCCCAAUGAUACUGAUACCCGACUGAUGGUGGCUCUUCUCGGCCACUCUGGGUGGUCCUUUGCCAUUCAAGAACUCGCAUUGGUCAAGAUGGGAUAUUGUGUUCUCUUCAUAUCCGUGAACAAUUCAUCAGCUGCAGUUUCUCAUCUUCUUGAAGCAACAGCCUCAACCCACAUCAUAGCGCACCCGACAUUCCUACAUGUUGUAGAAGAAGCGAUAUCCAAGGACCCACCGACGCACUCGGUGCACAUCAUACGACAGGUUAAUGACGAGGUGUACGAUGCUGCUGCUCGUGAAGAAGGCGACAAGACGGGCAAGACAACAUUUCACUGCCCAUUAAAACCCGAGGAAGAGGAACAUCUUCCUGCUUUUAUCGUUCAUUCCAGCGGCAGUACUGGCUUUCCCAAGCCAAUUGUUCUGAGUCACAUUGCUUCAGUUCGUAAUUUUUCCCAGCACUUCGGAUUACGAGGUUUUACAACACUGCCUUUGUACCAUAACCAUGGACAUUCAUGUUUCUACCGAGCAAUUCAUGGAGUCGCCCCAAUCUGCCUUUUCCCUCAAUCUCUCAUCCCUUUGACGACCGAGAAUAUCUGCAAGUUGCUAACUUCGCGCUCCUGCAACGCGGAGGCUUUGUUCGGUGUCCCAUACGUUUUGAAGAUUCUUUCGGAGGAUCCAGAGGGCAUGAAUGUUCUCAAAUCGUUCAAGCUAGUCAUGUUUGGAGGCAGUGCGUGUCCAGACGAACUCGGCGGGCGGCUUGUGGAUGAAGGAGUGAACCUUGUCGGGCAUUAUGGUCUGACCGAAAUGGGACAGAUCUUCACCUCGUUUCGCGACUUCAAGACGGACAAGGGAUGGAAUUGGUUAAGAGGGGAUGGGCCCUGGGCGAAGAAGGGCCUUAUGAACUGGAUCAAAUUCGAAAAUCGUGGUGAUGAUGUCUUUGAAUUGGUUGUCUUGGACGGAUAUCCCACCAAGGUGAUGAGCAACAGGCCUGAUGGGUCGUAUUCGACCAAGGAUCUCUUUCGAAAGCACCCCACGAUUCCUUAUGCUUUCAAAUUUGUGGGUCGCCUCGAUGACACCUUGGUCAUGGUCAAUGGCGAAAAAACCAAUCCAGCUCCUAUCGAACUCACGCUACGUCAAUCGCGAAAUGUCUCCGAAGCUGUUGUGUUCGGGGCUGGCCGGGAACAAAUCGGAGCCAUCAUCAUUCUAGCAGAGCACAUUUCUGCGUUAGCGGCUCGGGCAGAGCUCUAUGAACUCGUCAGCCCAGCUGUCAAACUCGCCAAUUCGAAGGCACCGAGCCACUCGCAGCUAGCACCUGAAGCGCUGAUCUAUCUUCCUUAUGAGACCACUCUCCCCAAAGCCGACAAGGGUAGCUUCCUGCGACCAAAGGUGUAUGCCCAGUUCCGGCACAUCAUUGACCAGGUAUACCGCGAACUCGAAGGAGACGAAGACAAAGGAGUCGCUCGACAGAAGUUGUCUGGGGAGGAGCACGCCAAGCACCUAGUUGGGAAGGUCGUUUCCCAAAUUUUCAGCCCACUGGAAUCGUAUUCUAAGAUAGAGGAGAACAUGGAUAUUGUUUCUCUGGGAUUGGACUCGCUCCAGGCGACCAGAAUACGAAACGCUCUGCAAAGAGAGAUUGAUUUGGGUGGUCAACGUUUGCAUACUAACUUUGUGUUUGAACAUCCCUCAGUUGGCGCCAUGGCGAGGUCUCUAUGGCAUAUUUCAUCUGGACGUACCAGUACGGCUGUCAAAGCGGAUCCUACGGAAUUCGUGCUUCAACUCGUCGAGAAGUACUCAACGUUACUGACAACACCUGAGCCAUAUACGAAUGGAAAUUCUUCUGAUCUGGGAAGCCAUGAUAUCUCGGUAGAAAAUCACGUGGUGGUCCUGACAGGGGCAACUGGUUCACUCGGCGCAGUGCUUCUAGAGGCAAUUCUCAGACGAUCAGAUGUCAUCAAAGUGUAUUGUUUGAGCCGAGGGAAAAACGAUCUUGACGCGGCCAAACGCGUUCUGGACAGUGUAAAAGACAGAGGUCUCACUCUGAACGAACCGCAGAAUCGACUUGUGUGCCUUGCUGUUUCCGAUUUCGGCGCUCCAAAUCUGGGACUGGACAAAGACAGCUACUACGAGAUUGCUCGUUCUGUGUCUAUUGUGAUUCAUAACGCUUGGCCGGUGAAUUUUAACUGGAAUAUCUCUAGCUUCGAGCCACACAUCAACGGUGCCGUGAAUCUCAUGAACCUUGCCUUGCACUGCUCGAAACAGUACCCACCUAAAUUUUUCUUUUCAUCUUCUGUCAGUGCAGUCUUCGCCUGGAAAGGGCCGAACCCUCCGCUACUGGGUCCCUCUGAGGCCCUUCGUGUUCCCGAAGAUAUCACCGACGAUCCUCACGUUGCUCAGAACAUAGGCUACGCUCGUUCCAAGUGGGUGGUAGAAAGGUUGUGCCGCAUCGCUUCAGAGAAGACAGCACUCCAAGCAGACGUUCUCCGAAUUGGCCAAAUGGUUGGUGAUUCUCGAACAGGAAUAUGGAACGAAACAGAGGCUAUUUCACUCAUGAUCAAGAGUGCCGAAAUAAUACAUGCGUUACCCGAGUUGGAUGAAAAUGUCUCCUGGCUGACUGUUGACUUCGCGGCUCGGUCCAUUGUCGAACUGGUCUUCGCCUAUCAAGACCCCGGCGGCCCUGGUACAUGUCACUGCUGGCAUAUUGUUCAGCCCCAUACAAUUCACUGGCGACAUGUGCUCGACAGCUUACAGAAGUGCGGCGUGCAGUUCAAGAGAGUUCCUCAGACAGAAUGGGUAGACCUGUUGCGUCAGUCCAAUCCGGAUCCCGCGAAGAACCCGACGAUCAAGCUGGUUUCUUUCUAUGAGGAGAAGUAUGACCGCGACGCCGUUGGAACCGCACAUCGGUAUCCUUUGGAGACAAAAUCCACAGAAUCUGCCAGCCCGUCGUUGAGGACCGCACCUGCUCCGACUGAUGAGCUAGUCGGAAAAUGGGUGGAAGCAUGGAGAAAGACAGGCUUCCUGCAUCGAUCUAAUUGAGUAGAAGAGACGCAAGCUAGUUUAGUGUAUUGUUUAAACCAGCCUCAGUUGUGCCCAAUUAAAUCUGAUAUUAGUACCCACAAGUACCCGCCAACUGCUAUCGCUGUUAUGUAUGACUUGGUAGGAUGAGAAUGUACACCGGUAUCAGAAUCGACAGCAGAACAUGCCUGGUUUUCGCGAGUUCGACGCAAGCACUCUUUCCAGCACGAGGUUGACAGAAGGCAUAGGUAAGACCAAUGCCCAAGGCGUACCAAGUGCAGUCUUUCAACUAGUCGACCUCUACGCCUUUCAGACGUAGAUCGCUCUUCGCCUCGCUGACUUCCAUGAGCAGCUCCUUGUGAGCAUCAGGGCAGUCUCGAAAUGUGAGAAGGCCUAUUCCGAGGCUGCCUAAAGAGUAGGAUCCGAAGGCAACGAGUAGCCACCACGGAAUAACGGGAAGGAGAUCAUUUGCAAUUUGCUCGGAGAAUAGAGGUACGGGAAUGAUACGGAGAUAUAAUAUCACGUAUAUAAGCGUGCAAGUUGCACUUAGAGUGAUAAAUCGCGAUGCUCUAGUCAUGGUG